AUGGCGCCCAUAAGGACAGGUCCUGGGCCCAGCGCAGACAACACUCCGAGCCAGUCGUCGUCUUGGAAUACGACGGCGAACGGAUCCUUGUCCCACGACCUGGUCCCGGUAGUACCUUCCAAGCUUGCGCAGAGGCAUUUUGCUGAGCUUAAAACAUGGACGCCGGAGCGGUUUGAGUUCAGGACGAAUGAACUCCGGGCGUGUGCUGGUGAAUGGACCAAAAUAUCUGAAGCUUCCUUGGCGACGGUUCUUCCGCUUGUCAACGUCCUGAGGGUUACUAAAGCUCGUCACUCGACCCAGAUGAUCCAGAUCAAUGUCGAGGUUCGGUCUGAGGUCUGCGACGAGCCAACGGGUCAGAGAGUGACCGUCAAAGUCAAGCCUGAUAGCAAAAUAGGAAUUCUCCACGAUGCUAUCGAAAAGGUUCUCGGUAUAGCCCGCGACGCACAGCGCCUGCUGUACGGUGGAAGAAGGGUCGAUAUAACAAGUGGCACUUUCGCGGACUACGGCAUCAAGUCGGGCGAUACCAUUAUCGUCUACAAUGUCCUGCGAGGAGGGAAGCCGGUCAUAUAUCUCUUCUCUCCCGUGGAAAGAGAGGUCUCCGUCAAGCUCUCGCUCGUCCCCCAAUGGGAAUUCUCAGCUAUAUACCCCGUGGUGCCAGUGAAGACUGCGAGUGCGGGUUCAGGCCAAGAAAUCGAAUGGACUGUCACAACGUCAGCUGACGGAUCGCUCAAGGAACGAACGACAGGAUUGGAAGUCGCCUACCUAUUCUGGGAAGCAGAGACGACCCGUGUUGCGCCCCUGUCACCUCCUCCCACACCGACGAUCGCUGCUACGGAUCCGGGCGAUGGUCCCUUGCAGGAGGUAUUCGUACCAAAUGAUGCGCAUUUGUGUAGUGAAAAUUCGGUGGUUGUCGAGACGAGCAAGGUGACGCCGUAUCUGGAUGGUGCGCUGAAGGCCCUCGGGCUUCACACAGAAGCGCGCACUUCGUUCAUCACCUACUGGCUUCCAGCAAUUCUGAAGCACGAAUACGUCGCGUUGCGGUUCUUACCCCAGUCGGCUUACGAAAGAGCGGCUCCUCUCGACAUUACGCCAGCCCCUGACGUUGUCCUUCGCAUAUUUAUGCUCUUCAAGGGCGUCGAUCAAGGCGAACUUGAAGAAGAUUGGAAACAGGCUGCAUACCGAGCCACUGAACCGGUGGGGCGAUGGGUUCAGGUUGUCGGUGUUGAUGUGCCCAAGGCCACCGAUCCUCAAUCGUUUCGGGUGGUUGAAUGGGGAGGAAUGGAAAUCCAUCGUUGA